CUUUGCUUUGCUUUGCUUUUUUGGUGUACACCCCGUAUUGCGUCUCACCCUGCUUAAACUUUUAUAUACAAAACAUCAUCGUUCUAUUCAGAAUCCCCUGAGGAAGCAACUUUUUUUUUUUUCUUCACCAGUAUAUUAAUAGAAACUCUCUUUUAUAAUAUGGAAACAGCAGAGGAGACCACGUGUACUUUAGAGAAAAUGUCAACACUUGAUAACAGACAUAUCCAAAAACUUAUGCAAGAUCCCACAAGUAUGGAGACGCUUCGACAUGAGACGGAGAAACUCCAUGCAAAAUAUUCAAUGAGCGCUGUACACAUCAAGAAAUUAGAAUCUGAUUUAGAAAAGGAACAAGCACAAAUACAUCUUUUACGAAACGAUAAUCAAUCCUUGCGCCAAAAGGCAGUUCAGAUGUCUGCAUUGUCCGAACAGGAAGAAGAAUAUAUUUCCAAUAAACUGCUAAAACACAUUACAGGAUUAAAAAAGGAAAAGAGUGAAUUAUUAGUUCAGGUUGAACAGGAAGAAGAAUACUUGACAAAUAUGUUACAAAAGAAAUUAGCCCAAAUGCAGAAGGAAAAGAUUGAUUUGGAAAAUGCCUUGGAACAAGAACAAGAGUACAUGGUCAAUCGAUUACAGAAACAAUUAGAUUUACUUUCCCAACAACAACAACCCAUGUCUCCUUCUUCCUCUCGUCACUCAGUGGACUAUCAUUCAUUACCCGUCAGUCCCGCUAUCACUGGUAUCGGAUCUUCUCCGUCCCUACAUGCUAAAAAAUGGUCGGGUGGAGAUAUCAUUCAACCUGUCUCCAGUCUAGUAGAUUUAUUAAAAGCUGAAGUCAAUCAUUUAAAAGGAAGAGCAAUAGAGAUGGAACGAGAAUACAUUCAGAAACAACAACAAUGCAUAAAAUACAAGAAUGAAUUAAUCCGAUACAGAAAAGAGAAUAAUUUACCCUUGGAUGACAUUACUGCAGCAGAUGACGGACGUUUACCACGCGUAUUUCGUUCUCUUCCACCUCCUUCCUCGCCUAAUGAAAGACAUCAUUAUCAGCAACAGACGCGUAGAUCCACCUCCAAUUCUUCCAUACGAUCCAUUACUAUUCCUCCACUCAACCUAAGUCAAUCUUCCUCUACCACCACGCUGGAUCCUCCCAUCGCCUCUCCUCAUAGCUGUGUUUUACCUCAGGCCAUCCCCACCACCAGUAACAGUACCAGCACAAGUUACUUUACAGGUCGUUCCUCCGUCAGUUCUUCUACCAGCAGUAGCUUUCAAAGAAAAACUGAAUUGGCUUCCCGAAGAGUCUCUUCUUUAUUUGGUUUAUCUUCUCCACCUCAACACCCACCUCCAUUGUAAAUUUUACUUUUUUUUUUUUCAACUUCCGUCUUUUUCUCUUUUUCUCUUUCUCUUUUACA